GGGCCGGCCUGUGAGAGCCGCGGCGGAGCGGCACGCGGGCGGCGAGCGGCGGAGGAUGAGCCUGCUGUGCGCGCAGUACCUCCGGUGAGAGCCUCCGGGCCCCGAGGCGAGGCCGCGGCGGGAGUUCGGGGCCGGGGGCGGGCCCGGGGGGGACCGCAGGGAGCGGGGCCGAGCGGAGGGAGCCCGGGCUCGCGGCAAGGUCACGGUGUGUCUGUUGGGGCCGCUGCCUCGCACCGCGCCCCGUGCUGCCCGGCUGCUGCCCGCGGAACCGCGCCGCUGAGCGCCGGGGCGGCCUCGCUGCAGAGCCGUGGGGCCGGGGCUGAGGGAGCGGGCCGUGCUGCGGGACGGAGGGCUCCGACCCUGGGGGCAGAACGCCGGGUGUGCCCGUGGGAUGAGCGGGCUGUGAGUGAGCUUCCCUUCUGGGUGCAGAACGCUUCUGGAAGUUGAUCGCUCCAGGAAGAAGCACUGUGAAGCACAUGGCCUUCCAGUGUCAGUGCCCUACUAAAUAAUGCUUUGUCCAUGCGGUUCUGAUCCCUCCAUGCACUUCAGGGGAAAGGUGCUUCUCCACCAAAAGGGUGUGCUCAGUCUUUCUGAAAAGUUAUGGCUUGGGCAAGUUUUCUAGAGUGAAUUCUAGGAGACUUUCACAUUUCCACCAUUCUGAAACACUUGAGCUGCCUCCACUUACUGGCUCUACCUAUGUACUUCUGUUCUCAACCUGUCUGGUGUCUGACUCCCUGGUGGUCCAGACCUGGCUCAGCCUCACCUCCUCGUUCCCAUUCCACCAAACAGAAGCAGUUGAUCUCUCUAGUAAGAAGUUCAUGCACCUUUUUUUUUCUAACAGACUUCCAGUCUGUGCUUAGCUUCUUCCCUCUGUCCAGUCACUUUAUGAACAAAAGCUCUAAAGUGCCUAUUAUUAGCUCUCCUCUACUAGCUACUUACUUUCAUAUAUAUCUUAAUAACACUCUUAAUUUCUUGCCUCUGCCCCCAUGACUGAGUCUCUGUCUGCCCUGAGUUUCUGCUCCAUCCAUGUGUGUCCUGCCCGAGUCACCUUCCUGCACCACCGGGUAUUUCUGUGUCCUCAUUAUGGAGCUGGAGAACCUCAGUGCCUGGCAGCAUAUAGGUAGCAGCCACCUCUUUCCGCUAUCUGUUCCUCCAGCAGCAUAGCUCAGCCUGUAUUUUUUUUUCCUGAAUGCUCUAUGUUAGUGGAGUGCUUAAUGCAACAGGGCACGGAUAUAUUACAAGUAGUGAGUUGUCUCUUUGUCACCAAGGAUCUUAUCUACUUCAUUAAAAAAAAAGGAGGGGGGAGGGAGAGGGGAAGGCACCCCACAACACUUUCUAAGACUCUCAUAGCUAGUUCUUUUAGUGCUUUGCCUUACAGAGGAGGGCAUCCUCCUUCAUACUCAUCAUUGCAAGCUUUAUUUGUAUAUAAUAGUGAAGGGAUACAUAGACCCAAGUGUAGUUAUACAAAAAGAUAGGUUAACAAAACAUUGUGCUGAAUGAAGAUGUGGGGCAAUUAGUAUCUGCUAGUCUUUCCCUUCUUAAAGGUAAUGAGGGGUGGAAAAGUUUUUGAGAAGAUCUUUCUCUGUGUAUUUGAAGCUUAGGUGUGAGAGAGCUGAAUUUCUAAGGUGACCAUGUAAUGGUUGAAUAACUUGUGAAGUAAUGACUCUGCAAGAAUUGGGAGACACUGAAAGAAUGAGCAGGGAAGAAAGGGAUUUUCAGCCAGACUGCCUUAACUCUUCCACUAUCAGUCUCUUGCUUUUUCUCUCUAUAUAGUGUAUGUAUAUAUGGAUGUAUGUGUAUAUACAUAAAUCAUGUUUGAAAAUACUUUCUUUAAAAGAUCAUGCCCUCUCAGUAGGAGUACAAGAGCUGGGAAACAGCUGAGACUCCUACAGAAGUGUUCCAGAAAGAACAAAGAAAGUCAGACACAGUAUCCCCAGCGUUUCUACAGUUGUGGGGAAUCCUUUUUUAAGUCAUCUUUCUAUACUGUGAGAUAGUAUUGGAGUUCUUCCUUUCCUAUUCUUAAUAUCCUUUUCAAGGUCACCUUUCAAGAGUACAUGAUUGCAUUCUCCCACAUCUCAGUUAAGUUCUCUAGGUACUUCUCUGGGGUCUUUGAGUCACUUCACAAAGAUCUGCUUUAGAUCUGGUCGGAGGAAUAAAAAUUUCAGGAAGUUCCAUCAGGGAUCUCAGAAAAGAGGCUCUGUUUGGCUGAAUGUGUUCUGGGCCUGACAUGUCUGAUCUGACUGAAAAAUUGGAUCUGUAUCUUUUGUGCUGCUUUGGGAAUCUUUAAGUACACCCCUUAAAUCAAAUUGAGCUUGUUGGACAGUCUUACACCAAACAUUUCAUGUAUCCUGCUAGGUACAAAGGCACUGGUAAACAAACUAUCAUUACAGAUAGGAUUUCUGUUUUAAUGCCACUGAAACUCAGCACUUCCUUUCGUCCUUUUCAUAAGGCAGAAUUGAGCUUAGAAUCACCUAGUCCACUUGUUUACUGUAAUGAAAUGGUCUUUGUUGCCAAUUUUAUGGGCAUUGUAUGGUUUUUAUAUGUUCAAAAAGCAGUUAACUUGGAUUCAAAAGUGUACUAGUUUGACUGAGAUAAGACCAUCUCGGUUGCAUUUUAUGAAGAUAUGAAUUCCAGUUAAUAGUUAAUGUGGCAUUACCCUGGUGAAUUGUGGCUUUUAGCACAAUGUAAACGUAACAUAAAAAGUGCCUGAAUUACAGGGCUUGAACGCUGCUUAGAAAUUCUGGUGCUGACAAACCAGUAGGUAGCUUCCUGAUGUGUUAUGAUGAGGCCAUAACCAACUUCAUUAAAGGUUUGACUGCUUUAAUAAUUUAAAUUGUGACUCUCUUUUCAAAGACUCAUCAGUAGCUCCAUUAACUUUUGCAUUGGCCAUGUCUCUUCACUGUGGCUCCUUUGCUGUCUGGCAGUCUAUGACACACCUCUUGCAAAGUUUCUUCACUUUUAAAUGAAGGAGGGCAAGAGCAGAGGUAAUUUAGUGCUGCAAUCUUUGCUUGUGAGCAUGUUCUGGUACCUGUUCCUGAUUAGGAUGAUGUAGAAUUGAUGUUUGUCAAUGUCUGACAGGUACAAACCAGUGCUACUUAAAGCUCAGAAUGAACCCCAACAAAACAGGCAGAGUCAGUUAGUUAACUAUCUUGAGAGCACGUGGAGGAAAAAGUACAUGUAACGUCAGUGUUAGCAGUCUAGGAACGUAUGACUGCAGUGUGCUGCCUGGAGUGCACAGAGCCCCUGGUGCUGGAGGUGACCUCAGGGUGUCCCUGUCCAGCCUCCUGCUCUGGUAUCACACCAGCUUGUUCAGCACUUCAGCCAGGUCUCGGCAGCCUCUAAUGUCAGAAGCAGCCUUUGCUGUUCUGCUGCUGUACUGCCUUUGUGGUGGAAAAGAUCUUGCACUCAGUUGGGACCUCGUGUAUUUUAACUUAGACUGAUAUUCCUGCCACGUGCUGCAGCCAGGAGCCCCCAGAGCCCUGCUGCUGGGUGAGCACUGUGGCUCUGACUGCCCUGGGGUCUCACAGACCUCGCUCCUGUUGGUCUGCAGUCCUCAGUGAUUUGUCUUCGUGUCCAAUUGGUCUUGGAAAGUUUUCCCUGUGGCUUUUUAAUGUUCUGCAAUGAUUAAUGGUACUUUCAUGCAUUGUUUACUUUUGGAUUUUAAGCAGGGGAGAAGUAGCAGAGAGGUCAGAAAACUGCAUUGGCUUUCAGAAGGCACCUUUUAGCACAGUGUUUUCUCUGGGGGAAAAUAAAAGCAAAAUUUCUCCCCCCUUUUUUUUUUUUCCAUCUUGUUCUCUGUGCAGGCUGCUUCUAGCAUUUGUGAGUAGAAUUACCUCCAAUGUUUAUUAUGAGCAAUGCUUUUCAAGGGAGAAGGCGGUGAUUUAAAAAGGCAAGUAAUUUUGGUGAUGAUUACUGUUUGCUACAGAUCUACAAACACUGUGGUGACCUAUGAAGUAGGAAGUUACAAUAAAAAAGAGUGUAAAGUGAUUCCCCCAGAGGGAAUUUGGAUUAUUGAGCAUCUUCCUGCCACCCUGGGGCAACUUGUGUGAAGGUCACAUCAUCUCAUAGCUGUUACACUGUGUUUUGCCCAAGAUCUGUAGGAACAAGGCUUGUGUGAAUGUCCUGCUUGUCAGUUGUCACUUCUCUUUCUCAAAUGGUUUUGACACGCAGAGGGGUGGAAUCCCAUGAGGACUUUAAUACACGAGUGAUUCAAGAGGUGAUGGGCUCAUUUCAUCUGGAGUAGCUGGCAGGAGGGUGGCUAUGUGAGUGCAGGUGUGGGGAGAGGGCUGCAACAAUCAGAACUUGGCCUUUCUUCCUUAAUGCUUGGUAAAAGUCUGGCAUCUGGAGAACUGCUGACAGCAGCGUCCUCUCCUCCUUUCGCCCUCUCCCCUCAGUACUGGAUGAUGGUGUUUGUUCUUUGGACUCCAGUGGACUGCCUUUGUUUUGUGUUUUUACCUCCGGGUAGCUGUAUGUGAGUAGGUUCCCCAUCCUGUUGGUCAUUACCACACAUGCUGACAAUAAGGAUGAAGUUGGGUGCAGCAGGAACGAGGUGCUAAGAGUAAGGCAGGGUGGGACUGCAGCUUCUAAUGAUACAGUGCUCAUUCUCUUUAAGCAGUCACUGACCUAUAGCUCUGGUAACUAAUGCCCUGGUUUCUAUGAGGUGUGAAGCCCACAUGCCCUGCCCAGAUGAUGUCACUGUCACAAACAGUACCCCAGCUUUCUGUCUGGGCCAAGUGGCCCUAUUUUUUUGCUUCGCAUCACAGCUUAUCACAGAUGCUGUUACUGCACUGUGCUGGAGGUUACUUGCAAAGCAGUGUUCCAGUGACCUAGAAGUGCAAGUUACUGUAAGUAAAAUUACAGCUGUAUUUAUUUAUUCAUUUUUUUGGUUGUAGGGGUGAUUUUUGCAGCAGUUGGUUCUUACUCUAACCUGCAUAUUCAUGUACAGUUUGAUCCGUAUUGAAAAGGAGAGGGUUGCGUUGUGGCAGUGAAGGCAGGUGAUGCUUCCCUGAAGUGUUUGUGGGGCCACUUACACUGCACAAAGCACUUUCAGCAGGCUGCCCCUUUCCCUGAACACAGGCUUUUGGAGGCUUUUUGAUGCUUUUCUUCAUUCCAGUGCAUGGUAAGAAGAUGCACUUGCCUACUUCUGUUUGAUGAAUGCUUAGCUAUUUUAUGUGAUGAAGGAGGAGAGGUUUGCUGUAGUGGAGCAGCUGGUUUUGCUGGAUGAGGAGUGCUGCUUUUGGGUCUUCAUGGUAGCUGCAAAGAUCCGAGUGUAGGAGCAGAGUCAUACAUAAGGAGUGGUGGAACAGCUGAGGAAUAUAGCUGUAGGUAAGGAGUGUAUGUGAGAGGAUGUCAGGUAUUGCUUUUCUUGCUUGAAACUUGAGGCUUGUCGUCAUCUCACUUGAAAACCAUAAUGAGUCUUUCAGGCAAGAAGGAAACAAAAACAUGGAUCUAUUUCCUUAAAAUCAUUAGUAGAAUUGCGUAGUUUGGUCCUGUACUUUUAAUGUAUUACUAGGAAGGUCACACGCUUCAGCGGUGCUUAGUAACAAACACAUUUUCCUGUGUGCUGGGAGGGCUGAGAGGAAUGGCACCUGAACUAUUUGUUCAUCUCACUGCAGUGAGCAGGAGUGGAGGGCUAGCUGAGUGCCCAUACGGUGCUCGGGGAUGCGAGGCUGCCCCUUGGGCUGCAGCUCUUCACAAGUUUGUGCAGGAGGGAGGAUUGGUGGUUUUUCUGUUUAUGCCUCUCAAGUAUUUGAUCCAUUUAAUGUGGCUUUGUUGCCUGCUCCUGGCGCUGCCUUUAGGUCCUGUCCCUGGGCUUGCCUGGGCGCUGCUGCUCUUCCCUCUGUUCCCAGGAGCAGUUCUGAUGUAGGACUUUUCUUGGAUUAUUCACACUGGCUUCUGCACCCAAGGGAUUAUUGUAAGGAACCAGAAAGCUGAGGAUUCUCUUGGGAUUGUUACAUUGCUGUGGGCGACCUACUGAAUUUCACUGAUGGGACUCAGAUCAGAGAUGCCCUUGAGGCAGGCAGAAGUCCUGAAGGCUGACAUGACAGAUUCAAAGCUGGGUCCAGCAGAAGUCUGGACAUCCAGACAAGCUCUACAGGACUUAUAUCAGAAAAUGCUCGUGACCGAUUUGGAGUAUGCUUUAGAUAAAAAAGUGGAGCAGGACCUUUGGAAUCAUGCCUUUAAAAAUCAGAUCACAACGCUACAGGGUCAAGCGAAAAACAGAGCAAAUCCAAAUCGCAGCGAAGUUCAGGCAAACCUUUCUCUGUUCUUAGAGGCAGCUAGUGGCUUCUACACACAGUUAUUACAGGAAUUGUGCACAGUUUUUAAUGUAGACUUGCCAUGUCGUGUGAAGUCUUCCCAGCUGGGAAUCAUUAGCAAUAAACAGACGCACACCAGCGCCAUAGUGAAGCCGCAGUCUAGCUCCUGCUCCUACAUCUGCCAGCACUGCCUUGUCCACCUUGGAGAUAUUGCUCGAUAUAGGAAUCAGACAAGCCAGGCAGAGUCUUACUACAGACAUGCAGCACAGCUUGUCCCUUCGAAUGGUCAGCCUUAUAAUCAGUUGGCUAUUCUAGCUUCUUCCAAAGGAGACCACUUGACCACAAUUUUCUACUACUGCAGAAGCAUUGCUGUGAAAUUUCCUUUCCCAGCUGCGUCCACUAACCUACAAAAAGCACUUUCUAAAGCACUGGAAAGUCGUGAUGAGGUGAAGACUCGAUGGAGUGUGUCUGACUUCAUCAAGGCAUUUAUUAAAUUCCAUGGCCAUGUGUACCUGAGUAAGAGCUUGGAGAAGCUGAGCCCUCUUCGAGAAAAGCUGGAAGAACAGUUCAAGAGGUUGUUAUUUCAAAAGGCCUUCAAUUCUCAGCAGUUGGUACAUAUUACUGUUAUCAAUCUGUUUCAACUGCAUCACCUGCGAGACUUCAGCAAUGAAACAGAGCAGCACAGUUACAGCCAGGAUGAGCAGCUCUGCUGGACACAGCUACUGGCUCUCUUCAUGUCCUUUCUUGGAGUUCUGUGCAAGUGCCCUUUACAAAAUGACUAUCAGGAGGACUCUGGGGCUGCAUAUCCUCUUCCAGCAGUGAAGGUUUCAAUGGACUGGCUGAAGCUUAGGCCCAGUGUUUUCCAGGAGGCAGUAGUUGAUGAAAGACGGUACAUAUGGCCCUGGCUGAUUUCUCUUCUAAACAGCUUCCAUCCUCAUGAAGAAGAUCUAUCCAAUAACAAUGCAACCCCCCUUCCAGAAGAAUUUGAAUUGCAAGGAUUCUUGGCUCUGAGACCCUCAUUCAGGAACUUGGAUUUUUCCAAAGGCCACCAGGCAAUUACAGGAGAUAAAGAAGGACAGCAGCGUCGGAUACGGCAACAGCGACUGAUCUUCACAGGCAAAUGGAUUGCUGAUAACCAGCCCAGGCUGAUUCAGUGUGAAAAUGAGGUAGGAAAGCUGUUGUUCUUGACGGAAAUCCCAGAAUUAAUACUAGAAGACCCUAGUGAAGCCAAAGAGAGCCUCGCCUUGCAGGAAACGUCCAUUGCAGAGCCGCUAUCCACAGAUGGGAGCCCUGGACUCAAAUCAGUUCUGUCAUCUGGCAGAAGUUUAAGCAACUGUGACUCAGGAGAGAAACCAAUGGUCACGUUUAAAGAAAAUAUUAAGCCACGGGAAAUGAACAGAGAGCAAGGGCGAAUCUAUCCUCCUAAAGAUGUGGGUAGGGAAAGACGGGACUAUAGCAAAGGAAUAGUAGCCAAUAAGAAUGAUGGAAAGAAGGAUAACAACAAAAGAAAGAAUGAAACAAAGAAAUGCAGCGUGGAUAAGAUACAGGAAGCAGGAAAGCAGAAUGUGGCAGUUCAGGUGAAAUCCCAGACGGAGAUGAGGAAGACUCCGGUGUCCGAAGCCAGGAAAACACCUGUAACUCAGACUCCAAGUCAGGCCAGCAGCUCGCAGUUCAUCCCCAUUCAUCACCCAGGAGCCUUCCCCCCGCUUCCCAGCCGGCCAGGGUUUCCACCUCCAACCUAUGUUGUCCCUCCUCCUGUGGCUUUCUCCAUGAGCACAGGGUAUACCUUCCCAGCUGGCGUUUCUGUCCCAGGAACCUUCCUCCAGCCCACAGCUCACUCGCCUGCAGGAAACCAGGUGCAAGGUGGGAAACAGUCCCACAUUCCUUACAGCCAGCAGCGGCCCUCAGGACCGGGGCCUAUGACCCAGGGACCUCAGCAGACACCACCUCCUUCCCAGCAACCCCUCUCAUCUUUACCAGCUCAGGCAACAGCACAGUCUGCAAGCCAGUUACAGGUCCAAGCUCUGGCCCAGCAACAGCAGCAACAGUCCCCAACAAAAGCUGUGCAGGGCCUGGGAAAGAGUCCACCACACCACUCUGGGUUCCAGCAGUAUCCACAGACAGACUCAUCAAAGCAGCUCUGGAACCUGCCUCAAGUCCAAGGUUCACUGGGGAAGAUUAUGCCUGUAAAACAGUCCUAUUACCUGCAGGCCCAGGAUCCUCUAAAAUUGUUUGAACAGUCAUUACAGUCUCCUGUGAUGCAACAGCAACCUCUGGAGAAAAAAAUGAAGCCUUUCCCAAUGGAGCCAUAUAACCAGAACCCCUCAGAAGUCAAGGUGCCAGAAUACUACUGGGACUCUUCCUUUGGCAUGGCUGACAAUAGGGUGAUGGCACAGCAGUCUAACAUGGAGCGCAGGGGAAAACGGCAAGGAGUCUUCCGUCCAGAGCAGGAUGCUGUCUCCAGGCUGACCUUUGAGGACCCCAAGAGCUCCCCUUUGCUUCCUCCGGACCUGUUAAAGAGUCUGGCUGCCUUGGAGGAGGAGGAAGAGCUGAUUUUCUCUAAUCCUCCUGAUCUUUACCCAGCUCUGCUGGGGCCUCUCGCCUCUCUUCCUGGACGAAGCCUCUUUAAGUCCCUAUUGGAGAAACCGUCAGAAUUGAUGUCUCAGUCGUCAUCUUUCCUGUCCCUCAGUGGCUUUUCUCUUAACCAGGAAAGGUAUCCAAAUAACAGCAUGUUUAAUGAGGUAUAUGGGAAAAAUAUGAAUACCAGCACAAAAACAGAGGUCACCCCUUCAGUUGCCCAUCAGGAGACUUCACUAUAUUCUCUCUUUGAAGGGACCCCGUGGUCUCCAUCCCUUCCAGCCAGCUCAGAUCACUCGACACCAGCCAGCCAGUCUCCUCACUCCUCCAACCCCAGCAGCUUGCCAAGCUCCCCUCCAACCCAUAAUCACAAUUCUGUUCCCUUCUCCAACUUUGGACCUAUUGGGACUCCAGACAACAGAGACAGAAGAAUCGCAGACCGCUGGAAAACAGAUAAGCCAGCAAUGGGAGGGUUUGGUCUGGACUACCUCCCAGCCACGUCGUCAUCAUCCUCGGAGAGCAGCUGGCACCAGUCCAGUGCUCCCAGUGGCACCUGGGCAGCCCAGGGCCCUGCCAUGGAGGACUCCUCAGCUGUGCUCAUGGAAAGCCUAAAGUCCAUCUGGUCCAGUUCCAUGAUGCACCCUGGACCCUCAGCCCUGGAGCAGCUGUUAAUGCAGCAGAAGCAGAAGCAGCAACGUGGACAAGGCGCCAUGAACCCGCCGCAUUGAGAACAAGGUGGCAACCCUUGCAAACCAAGGCUCCAUAAACCAUGGCAUGUUGGGUUUGCAGGACUGGCCCACACAGUCCUGUGCAGGUGGCAGCCCUCUCUUCUGUUCCUUGCUGUCAGGAGGGCGUAAGUGCUCCACCAACCCACUGAGUGUGCACAAAAUGUCUGCAGUGCAAGAAAACAACAUCAGGAACUCUCCCAAUCCCUGGGCCCUCUGGAGGGAGAGAGGAACUGCUGUUUGUCUCACUCAGUAACCCGAUAUCACCGCCUCUCACCUUCUCCAUCGUGCAUGUCCCCAGCCACAUGGGAAGCAAAAGCUGAGAACGAAGGGCAGAUGGGAGAAGCUAAUGAGAACUUCUCAAUCCUUUUCCUCUCUUUGGGGAUAUAAAAUAGGAAUCCAUUAAUGAUUGCUUUGCUGACUGAGAAUGUAGUUGAAAUUACUCCUAAACAUCUUUAUUACUAUCUCAGUAGUAAGAUCACACUGAAUUCUUCCGUACACAGAUGUGCUUUGUAGUCAGUGUGUAGCAGUGAAAGCCCCAGCUGCUGCUCCAGUCAGAGGUGGUUGGUGGCAAGGUGGGGCUCUAUCUCCUGGGCUAGCGAAGGAGUUUCAUGAAGGAGAGUCUGGCACUUGACACCACUUCACCUUUCACUCAAAGGCUUUGGCCAGCCCAUGGGUGGGUUAGAGACUCCAGCAUGAAAUGCCCUCCUCUCAGUAGGUGUUUGAGCUAUAAUGGGUGACAUGGGGCAUUGCAGCACUCUGCUGGACAAGCAAGUUAACUGCUAUGGGGUUUUAAAUUAAUGUUUGAUUCCUGUACAUUUUACUGUAGCAAAGUGGCUAGCCCUGCAAAGGGCGGGCUACUCUGUGCAUUCACAGCCUGACUCAUUUUAAUAGGUAGGUAGAAAGCUUUCAGUGUUUUUCAUUUUUUCUUUCUCUCCCCAUCCUUCCAUCUCUACCGGAUGCUAGUAGUUUUAUUGCCGAUGUGCAACAUCUUGCAGAAAGUAAUCAGGAGUCCAGCAGGACUGGGUAAAGACGACAGUCAGCCUGGACAGCGUGGAGUGUACGAACCCCACAGGCAUACACCAGCUCUGCAGAAACCCGUCCCCCGCCCUCCCAGCAGCAGCCCUCAACUUUCAGUUCUAGAAGGAGAUCUGAGGUGCCACGGACACGCGUGUGCAACCCACGCACGGAAGAAGCAUAGUGCUGUUCGCAUAUGAAAAGGUGCAGAAGGGAAAAGAAAAUGUUUUAUUUGCUAUUUAUUAGGGGGAAAGAAGACUGGAAACGUCAUUAAAGAAAAGGACAGCAUUUUUGUUAGGUUUCCCAGGGAAGCUACGGAAACAAUCGCAAUGUCCGUUUGCUGUGUUUAGCAGUAGGGGUUUGUGUGAUGAUUCAGGAUCUCUGGGCUGUAAGUCUGCUGCAAAGCAAAGCACACGCAGGAGCCUCAGUGACACUGGAGUCUGGGCAGCCCCAAAGAACAUAAAAAGGGAAAACUGAGGCCCAGUACCCUUCUGAGGGUGUGAGCAGCUCCCCUACAUUCUCCACCUUAGCAACAUCACCGUUCUUUGUUGCAUUUUGAAGAUGUAUUUCCUUUUAAAAAGUCCAAAAAGUGAAGUUUCCACCCAAUGCUAAUAUUGACUAAGCCUCCCCCACCCCCUACCUAUCCCAGCCCCCUCAGUUUGUGUAUUGAGCCGUGCGCCCCGGCAGCUGCGACAUUCCAGUGUUAGAAGUGCCGCUGACUCUUGCACCCUCAGCGGGCUGACCAGGUUCACCACCUCAGUCCUGGCAGUGCCAGGUCCCAGCGCACCGCUCCACUUGUGCAUGAGAACCCGGUGUCAGGAACACGGCCGGCUCUCGGCUGGGACUCCCAUCCCGCCCUCCGGCACCCGGGGGAGCGAGGGAAGGGACCCCGACAGAAACUGGUUUGUGUCGUAAGCUUUUUUUGUGUUUUUUGUCUGUCUGUGCAAGAACUGCAGCUGCUGAAAUCAGCUUUGCCUUUAAUUAAACCAUGUUCUCUCCA